UCGAGCGGCAGUUCCUCCGAAGUUACAUCGAAACUUCCAUAAUAAUGCGGUGCUCAACAUGAGUGGACAGCAGGACGAGCAGAGUGUUGUAUUAACCGCCUACAUCAGCAACAGUGAAGCUUUACCGGCCGUCAGCUGUAAGGAACAAGCGGGGUUUUCGGGACCGAGCCGUAAAACCGGUCAGUAUAAUGUACAGAAAUGCAGAGCCCCUGCAGCGGUCCAGGGUUCGAGCUCAGGGAGGGUCCCGUACCAGCGCUGCAGCUCUCAGGACUCUCUGGAUGAGCAUGCAAUGGUGGACUACUAUAAAGAACUAGAAAUCAUCCAGCGCAGUGGAGAUGCAGAACAUCAGGAGGAAGUGCAGCUGAAGGUGGCAGAUGAAGGUGAGCAGGAAGAGGCGUGGUUGAUGGAGGCGGGGCUAGCGACACUGUUCGAUGAGUCUGCAUCAGAUGGUGAGGAUAGUAUCGUACUGCUGUCUACCCUGACCCGAACGCAAGCCGCUGCUGUGGAGAGACGCGUGGAAACGCUCAAACAGACUCUACGCAAAAGAAACAAGCCAUACAGUGUCCCUGAUGUUCGGGAGAUCUUUAAAACGUCACCUUCAGAAAGUAAAGAGAAUGAGGUGGAAUCCACAGAGAGAAGUGGAAUCAGUAAUGAGGAAGUCAAAACGCUGGGUAAUGGGGUGAGGCCUGACUCUCAGGGGGGCGGAGCUGAGACAGAGACUGACAUUAACCUGGAGGUGUCGUUCUCCGAGCAAGCACUUGUCUACAAAGAAGGGAUGAAAGUUAGCGAGCCCCGGAGUGAAGCUGACGACAAGUUACCCGAUUUUAAAGUGUCUCAGGAUAAGACGGGUCGGACUCGAGUAGGCGAUCUCUCUCCUGAGGACAUGAAGAAAGUUCGCAGGCUUGUUCUCAUUGAAAUGAGUGCUUUGUUUGACACGUGUGGAAUAGAGCUGAAAGCUCAUAAAGCUCUCAAGAUCAAAGUGAGAGAGUCGGGUUUGUUUGGUGUUCCUCUCUCUACACUACUGGAACAAGACCAACGGAGGAUCCCAGGAACUAAAGUGCCUCUUAUACUGCAGCAUUUAAUCUCUCAUAUAGAAGAGCAGAGUUUAGACACAGAGGGAGUGCUUCGGAUACCAGGAGCAGCUACUAGAGUGAAGGCAGUCUGUCAGGAGCUGGAACACACGUUUUAUGAUGGGAUGUUUCCAUGGGAAAGUCUUAAACAGCAUGAUGCAGCUAGCAUCCUGAAACUAUUAAUUAGAGAGCUUCCAUAUCCUCUAUUGACUGUAGAAUACUUCAACGCCUUCAUCUCUGUACUGAAGUUGCCCACUAAGAAACAGCAGCUACAGGCACUCAAUCUGCUGGUGCUCCUGUUACCAGAACCCAACAGAGACACCCUCAAGGCUGUGAUGGAGUUCUUCCAAAGAGUGAUUGACCAUAAGGACAAGAAUAAGAUGACUUUGAACAAUGUUGCUGUGGUAAUGGCUCCCAACAUCUUCAUGUGUAAAGGCUUCCGCAGUAAGAUCAGUGAACAGCAAGAGUUUGCCAUGGCAACUGGCACUACCAACAUUGUUAGGCUGCUCAUCCGGUACCAGAAUCUGCUUUGGACGAUUCCCAAGUUCAUCCUGAAUCAGGUGCGCAAACAGAACACAGAGAACCAACGGAAGAUGAACAGAGACAGAGCGGUAAAAAAACUGCUGAAGAAAAUGGCCUACGACCGCGAGAGAAACUCUGACAAACAGGAGAAAAACACUGAGGCUGAAGGUGGCUUUAUAAGGGUUCAGGCUCCUCAGUUCUCUAUGGUCUCUAUGGCCGUACAGCUGACAGAGGAUUUAAAGGCAUCAGAUGUGCUGACACGCUUUCUCAGUCAAGAGAGGUCUCUGUCUGUGAAGAGAGAAGAUCUGUGUCUGUAUGAGAUGGGAGGGAACAUAAAGGAGAGAUGUUUGGAUGAAGAGACGUACAUCAAAGCUCUGCUGGAGCUCAACCCCACUGCAGAGUGGCUCAUUAAAUCUGCUCAACACUGAACAUGCCAAUCAACCAAUCAACCAAUCACGCCUUAAACAAGAGGACACACUCAUGAGUGAAGGGAAAGCACCAGUUCUUUCAGAUCAGAUAUUUGAUCUUCAGGUGUAGUCGGUCCAGUCCUCUGCCAACAGAACGCUAAACCGUUCAUUUACUCAUAAGUUGUUUUCCAUUAGACUGUUGAGUGGCAGUUUUAGUCAUAGUGUUUGGAAAUUAGUUAUUAAUCCAAUUUUGUAUGUUUAAAUGCUUGUGAAGGAAUGAUUGUUUGAUUAGUUCAAGAAUGAAACACUAACUUUAUUAUCUGAGUGAAUAUGAAGAAAACAUAUCUGGGUUUUAUUUCACCACAACAUGAAUACAAAAUAAUACAAACAAGAAAUUAUAUUUUGUGCAAAGAAAAAUGAAAUCUGCAUUAAGGCAAUAUGUGUGUGUGUAUAUAUAUAUAUAUAUAUAUAUAUAAUAACUAGCAUAAUCUAUAAAUGCUUUACCGUAUCUCAUAAAAUUUGAUCAUGAGGUUUGUUUUGCAUUAUGGAUUCAUUGUUAUUCAAAUAUUGCCACAAUACAAAACAAAAGAUAUAUUAAUUCUAAAAAUCAGUGUUUUACUGGUAAACAUUUAAUGGUUUAUAUGUGUAUGAUUUUCCCCCUUUUUAUUUUUGGUGGAAUCUGACCUGGAAAUGUUGUUGAUAAGUUUUGUGAGAUUCAGGAUUCAACCACUCAAAAAUAUGAUAACAAAAAUAAAUGAUAUACACUCACCUAAAGGAUUAUUAGGAACACCUGUUCAAUUUCUCAUUAAUGCAAUUAUCUAAUCAACCAAUCACAUGGCAGUUGCUUCAAUGCAUUUAGGGGUGUGGUCCUGGUCAAGACAAUCUCCUGAACUCCAAACUGAAUGUCAGAAUGGGAAAGAAAGGUGAUUUAAGCAAUUUUGAGCGUGGCAUGGUUGUUGGUGCCAGACGGGCCGGUCUGAGUAUUUCACAAUCUGCUCAGUUACUGGGAUUUUCACGCACAACCAUUUCUAGGGUUUACAAAGAAUGGUGUGAAAAGGGAAAAACAUCCAGUAUGCGGCAGUCCUGUGGGUGAAAAUGCCUUGUUGAUGCUAGAGGUCAGAGGAGAAUGGGCCGACUGAUUCAAGCUGAUAGAAGAGCAACUUUGCCUGAAAUAACCACUCGUUACAACCGAGGUAUGCAGCAAAGCAUUUGUGAAGCCACAACACGCACAACCUUGAGGCGGAUGGGCUACAACAGCAGAAGACCCCACCGGGUACCACUCAUCUCCACUACAAAUAGGAAAAAGAGGCUACAAUUUGCAAGAGCUCACCAAAAUUGAACAGUUGAAGAUUGGAAAAAUGUUGCCUGGUCUGAUGAGUCUCGAUUUCUGUUGAGACAUUCAGAUGGUAGAGUCAGAAUUUGGCGUAAACAGAAUGAGAACAUGGAUCCAUCAUGCCGUGUUACCACUGUGCAGGCUGGUGGUGGUGGUGGUGUAAUGGUGUGGGGGAUGUUUUCUUGGCACACUUUAGGCCCCUUAGUGCCAAUUGGGCAUCGCUUAAAUGCCACGGCCUACCUGAGCA